AUGUUGCAGGCAAUCAAAUACAACCAGGGUAACCUGGAAAUCCUCGAUCAACUGCAGCUACCAUUUGUGGAAAAGUAUAUCCCCAUCCAGUCUGCAGAGGAUGGUUGGAAUGCCAUUAAGGAGAUGAAGGUGCGAGGUGCCCCCGCCAUUGCCAUCGUGGCGAUGCUCGCCCUGUCCUCGGAACUCCAUUUGCUUCGCGCAGCGAGCAAGAUCCCCGAGUCUCCAGAGGAGGCACGAAGCUUAAUCAUUGCGAGGUUGGAUUACCUGGUGACGAGCCGGCCUACUGCCGUCAACCUAAGUGACGCUGCUCGCAAACUGGAGGCUCUUGUGACAAACCAAGCAGUGCAACCGGGGGCCACUGGUCCAGAAAUAGUGGCAUCAUUCAUCCGAGCCGCGGAGGACAUGCUUGGGAAAGAUCUAGAGGACAACCAACGCAUUGGACACCACGGGGCCGAAUGGAUUAUGGCCAAUGCCACCAAAACUGAUACUGUCGCGGUUCUCACCCACUGCAACACUGGCUCCCUGGCCACCUCGGGAUAUGGCACAGCGUUAGGUGUGAUCCGCUCGCUGUCGUCCAGAAAUGUGCUACGACAUGCCUACUGUACGGAGACAAGGCCUUACAAUCAAGGAUCUCGUUUAACAGCAUUUGAAUUGGUCCAUGAUCAUAUUCCUGCCACGUUGAUCACUGACUCUAUGGCGGCCGCAUUGCUGGCUGACACGAGUGUGGGGGUGGGUGCUAUUGUGGUCGGGGCAGAUAGAGUUGCAGCCAACGGAGAUACGGCCAAUAAGAUUGGCACAUACGGGUUGGCUGUUCUGGCCAAGCAUCAUGGUGUCAAGUUCCUGGUCGCCGCACCCCUCACAACCAUCGACCUGGCGACAAGGUCCGGAGGUGAUAUUGUCAUCGAACAGCGCCCCGAAUCUGAGGUAACAAGUAUCAAGGGCCCUAGAGACGGGACUGAGGCUGCGGAGAGUAUGGUCUUGGACACCGUCCGUAUUGCUGCACCGGGUAUUGGCGUAUGGAAUCCUGCAUUCGAUAUAACUCCUGCGGCUUUGAUAGAUGGGAUCAUCACAGAAGUUGGCGUGGUCGAGAAAGGCCCUACUGGCCUGUUCAACAUGGCCAAUCUGUUCAACGAUUCAACUUCUCGGCCUUGA